CAAGUGGUUCGAGAUCGUGACGCUGCUGACCGAGGAAGAGGAAUUAUCGAUGGGAUGGAGUUUAUGCGCUUUUUGGACUAAUUUUACGAGCGUCGAAUCGCACCAACUCUGUAAGAAGUAUGCAAAAACUCACCCUUGAUUUAGGAAGUUAAUCCGGACAGGUUUGGAUUGCUCUUCCUGUUAAAACAAUUGUUCCUAAACUUUUUGCUGGGAUAAAUCCCGGUUCAUUUUGAACCUUUCAUGAUGAACACGUUAGAGCUAAGGCGUUGCAGUAUUAUGAAUAAGUGUGUGGUAAAUUUUUGUUCCGACGUCCGCGCAAAAUGUGGAGCGUAGCGGUCAUUUCUGAGAGCCCAUCGUAAAACAACACUGGUCGACUGGACUGAAUGCUCCUUUCCUGCCAUUCUUCUUAGCUUGUUCGCGCUUCCUGCUUGUGAUGGCCACUGCACUUAACGGCUAAAAAUACAAGUACAAACCGAAUGGACUGCUAGAAUAGUUUACGUGGAGUGUAAUCCUUCCAAAAGAGGUUUUAUUUUUAAGUCUGUACGAAGAGCGCGCAGCAGGUGGAAUGUGGGAUGGGGAAAAGAUGCAUUAUGCAAUAUGAGGUGAUCUGGAGGGUCCCAAAAAGUUGAGAAAUGCUAUUGUAUCAAAAUAUUGUGCUUGAAAUCUUCACAGAUGUUGAGAAUAAUUUUAAAGUGCCAGUGUUGAUUGCAAGACACAACCUUUUGGAAUGAAUGAAAUCCCCUUUUGAUUCCUCCAUUUAAGACAUCUCAGUUGGUUUGGCUUCUGAAGACCUGUCCCUGAUGAACCAACAAGAUAGACAGGAAAGGGAGAGUGGCGCAAUAAAGUACGCCUUUGUACUUUAUUUAGAAACCAUCAGGGAGGUCAUCCAAUCCAAACAUCUAGUUCCAUGGAGCCCCUGAAGAACAUAUUCAGCCGCGGCCCGCUGUCCAACUGGAAGAAUUUGGAUCAAUCCGCAAAAGGGAACUUCACCAACCCAGUGUGGACCGCCUUGUUUGACUACGAAGCGUCAUGCAAGGAUGAGCUCACUUUACGGAAAGGCGAUCUUGUCGAAGUGCUCUCCUUGGAUUCCGAAAUUUCAGGGGAUGAAGGUUGGUGGGCCGGGAAAGUCAACAACAAAGUGGGCAUCUUUCCUUCCAACUAUGGGUCCUUCAAGCCAAGCGGAUAUGGCAACCUCCCGGGGAGAGCUGUCGUCGGCGAACUUGGGCCUGGAGAAUUCGAACCGCUCGUUGUGGAUUUUCGGGAGUUAAGCUUGGAAGAGGUUAUUGGAGUAGGUGGGUUUGGGAAAGUCUAUCGAGGUACAUGGAGAGGAGAAUUGGUGGCUGUGAAAGCUGCCAGGCAGGAUCCCGAUGAGGAUAUUAGCGUGACUGCCCAAAAUGUUCGCCAAGAGGCUAGGUUGUUUGCAAUGCUAACACACCCCAAUAUCAUAGCGCUAAAGGGGGUGUGUCUGCAAGAGCCCAAUCUGUGCCUGGUAAUGGAGUAUGCCUCAGGAGGGGCAUUGAGCCGGGCACUAGCGGGGAGAAGGAUACCCCCGCACGUGCUGGUUAACUGGGCAGUGCAGAUUGCUCGUGGGAUGCUCUACCUCCACAGUGAAGCCAUCGUGCCGGUCAUCCAUCGAGAUCUUAAGUCCAAUAACAUCUUGCUUGCUCAGCCCAUAGAAAAUGAAUGUAUGGAAGGUCUGACACUGAAAAUUACAGACUUCGGCCUGGCCCGUGAAUGGCACAAAACCACCAAGAUGAGCACAGCGGGGACCUAUGCCUGGAUGGCCCCUGAAGUCAUCAAAGCCUCCACUUUUUCCAAGGGCAGCGACGUCUGGAGUUAUGGUGUCCUGCUUUGGGAGCUUCUGACUGGCGAGGCACCCUAUAGAGGAAUCGAUGGUCUUGCUGUGGCCUAUGGAGUAGCUGUGAACAAACUCACUCUCCCUAUCCCCUCCACCUGCCCGGAACCCUUCGCCCAGCUCAUGUCAGAGUGCUGGGACCAGGACCCACACCGCCGGCCCACCUUCAGCUCCAUUCUGUUCCAGCUGCUGGCCCUGGAGCAGCAGGUAAAGGAAGAGAUGCCCCCCGAGUCCUUCCAUUCUCUGCAGGACAACUGGAAACUGGAGAUCCAGGACAUGUUUGACCAGCUCCGCGCCAAGGAGAAGGAGCUGCGUUGCCGUGAGGAGGAGUUAAAGAGAGCUGCUCUAGAGCAGAAGUCCCAUGAGGAGUUUCUGAGGCAGAGAGAGCAACAGCUGGCCCAGUGGGAGCAGGACGUGUUUGAACGCGAGCUCAGCCUCCUCAUCCUCCACCUCAACCACAACCAGGAGAAGCCCAAUGUCAAGAAGAGGAAAGGAACCUUCAAGAAGCACAAGCUCAAGGCCAAGAAUGGCAUGAUCAGCAUGCCCCAAGAUUUCAUCCAUAAGAUCACAGUGCAGGCAUCCCCAGGUCUGGAGAAGAGAAGGAACUCCCCUGACCUAGGUUCCGGCUCAUCUCCUUCUUUUGGACCCAGGUUACGGGCCAUUCAAUUGUCCCCCAGUGACCACAGCAUGGGAGGCUUCAUGAGUCCGGUGCUGUCCCUGGAGACGUCCUCUCUCAAACAGGCCAAUGGAGAGCUGCGGUUGGGGCCCCACUGGAGACCCCAGAGCCCCAAGAGCCCCAAGAGCCCCAAACUCCUGCGCCUCAGUCCACAAGAGAGCAGCUUGUCCAUGCGUGCCAAGUUGCUGGAAUCGGACAGCAAUGAGAGCAGGGAGUCCAAGGAUGAUUUUGAGACGUACCGACCCCACACGCCCACCCCUCCCGCCGCACAGAACGGCUCGUCAUCCAAAGACAGUCUGCGCUUGCCUCUAUCUCAGGGCGACUCAAGCAGCGAUGGAGGGGGAUCCUCUCCUGCCGGCUCCCCGCACCCAGAGAGGGGCUUCCUGGGCGGGCUUCUCAAGAGCACCCAUCAGGCCCUGGUGGGUGGUGGCUCCCUGUUAGCCUCCGUCGCCCUGGGUCGCACUCUGGACGUUCCCCCUCCCGUCCCCCCACGCAGCAACCCCCCCUCCCUUGGCGAGCGCACACCCUCCGAGCCCGAUAUAUCGCUCCCGAGACCCCUCACAACGGACCCUCCCGUAGUGGAUGACCUUAUAACCUUCUCCACAUCAGAACCGCUCCCGAAACCGAUAUUGGAUCUAGCUUUGCAGCGACAAGAACUGAAGCCCCUCCCCCUCUUGUUGACCCCGCCCCCUCCAAAUCCAAGAGAGAGGAGUGGACACCGGAUGCUGCAGCCCCCCCACAGUCCUAAAGCCCCACGGACCCCCCAGGAGCAGCGGGACAGUUGGGUUGGCUCGGUCAGCUCGGGGGAGUGGACUCACAAUAUUCAGCCGGCAAAUGGGGAACAGGGCUGUGAGGCCUGGGAGCCCCCUACAGACACCACCAGGAGGAGCUCCAGUCAGGGUCUGCACGCCUCUCAGCUUGUUUUGGACCUACCACUAUGCCAGGACACCCAGGACCCCGAAGACAAGCCCCUCCCCCCUUACGUCUUGCACCCUCACCCCGGCCUCUGGAGCCCCAAGACCCGCCGUCUCGAAGUGUCCGUCAUACCUAGGCCCCGCCCCUCCCCUGUCCGUCAUCGCAUCGACCCAUGGAGCUUUAUUUCGGCUGGUGGAGGAGGAGGAGCCAACGCCGCAUCCACCCGCACCCCAAACCGAGACACCAACUUCGGAUACCAACCUUCGCCUACCAACCCAUUCACUAGCUGCGAUCCGUUCCCAUCUCCGGACUGUGACCCGUUUUCGCUAAAAGCUGACCCAGCUAACAACCACGGCUCUUCUACAUUUGACCCAUUUUGUGCACCCUUCCCAACAUCUCGCUCGGCUCCAUGUUCGGCAAACGGAUCUCCCACAUUGCCGACAUUCCGGAUUGCGCCGUUGAAUCCGGCUGAUUCACCACUCAUAGACUUGGGGUGGGCAGGGAGAAGCGCAGAAGGAUCCAAAGAAAGAGCGCUGCCACGGAAGACGCUAGGUCUAAAGCCAUUCAAAUCACCCACACAGCUAAGGGAUGACCGCUUCUAGACAGAUUUCUGUUGUCUCAAGAUUGGAUCUUUAUUUCUCCUGGACCUACUACAUCUGCAAUCUACCUGACUAUUCUCAUCUUGGAACCAUUGUGACUAUAUAAAGAAAUGCAUAACGCUACUUGCUGUUUUUUCAAACUGAACACAGCAUACAGAACAAUGGACAAUUUGAGAGCCUUAUUUUGUAAUUUUGUAAAGUGCUUUACUAUACAGUCCUAAAGGUGCCCCGGUAAGAAGGCAAGAUGCUCCGAAAUUUGCCUUCCAAUUUUCGAAUCCGCUUAGCAUAGUAUAGCAUUACAGUGACAAAAAUAUGUCUAGACUCAUUGUUCUAGGUAAGCUUGCAACACAAAAACCAUUCCCCCAGAAAAAAGAACAUUCCGAGCUGAAAUCCCAACAUUCCGGUCAGAAGUCGAUAGAUAGCAUUCCUGGUUUCAUUCCGAGGGUGAAAUGCCAUGGAAUUUGGGCAAUCCGAUUGGUAAUAGGGGCUGGCAUGCAUUCACAAGCUGCACAGGAAGCCAUCAGCAUUCUGACGAUCUGUGCCAAAAAAUGCCACUGCAGGGAAUGAAAAGCGGGACAAAAAGGGUAUUUUGGAAUGGAUUGGGUAUGCCUUCGUCAAGGGCCAAAUUUGGGGUUUGCCAGACAGGCCCAAACAGACAAUAGAAGUUAAAAGGCAUUUCUUAAAGGGGCCAUGAAAUGCUAUUUUGAAUCAUGGUUUAAUGUUGUUGCCUCAUCAAAAACAUAUCUGGGCUUUUGUGUAAUUUGUUUAAGAUUAAGUAAAUUGACUUGGUUUAAGAUUUUAUGUAAGCAAGUAAAGCCAGUAAGUGCUCUUGUGUGUUUGCAAAAUACAUACGAUUUAACUGGAUUUGUUAUAUGGUUUCAGUAUUAAAAUUUAAGCUCACUAAGAAUCUUCUAUCUUGUAGUGCUGUGUUGACAAUUAGCAAUGCUGCAAACUUGGGAUUUAAAAAUACAUCACUACCAUCUGUUGCCAGCAGAGGGAGCCAGACACUUAAUCCAUGUUUUUGUGUAUUUGCUCUUUAAGGUUAAAAACAUGACAUGCCAAAGGUGGCCAGAAAUGUUUUGAAAGCCAAAAUCAACUAGCAUGCUAACAGUGAAAUUUGUGAUUAUCUGACAUUAAAAUUUUUUAUAAUUAGAUGCGUGAACAAUACACUGUAGACUUAUUUUAAUCUCAAGAGCAGCUUAUACAAUGUAUCUAUAUAGGAGGAGAGACAAAUUUUGCUCAAGUACAUGGUGAAAGAAUAAUACCUUAUAAUACCAAGCUAGCUAAACCUAAAUGACUUGUUGGCAUACUUGAUCAUUAGGCUUUGCACUAAGGCCUUACUUUUCAGCUCACAAACAUGGUAGAAUAACUAUUGAAUACACAACACAAUGAAAUCCAGCCUUGAAUGCUGAGUGCUAAAAAACAAUUGGGUUUUCCUAAUAACUAUGUAACAGCUGUGGGAAUGUGGCAGCCACACCAAAUAGUUCCUGAAAAUGUGCAGAUUAAAAUGAACUAAUGGAACACUUUGUACAAGUCUGCUUUUUAAGACAAAACAGGUGAGGAAGAGUUCAACCAGUUCAAUUGCCAAUAUCACAAUUAUUAAGUACUAUAUGCAACUAUUUAUGUAGGCCUAUAAUAGGUUCACUCAUUAUAAAUAUACAAUCCAGAAGGGCUCCUCUGUGUUUUUAAAGUCCAUUCACUUUCCCCAGACUUCUAAUUGCAGCACAUUACUAAUCCCACUUCAACAGGCUAAUGUAAGAAAAUUAAAGGCACUGUACCUGAUUUAGUAGGUUUAAAUUUAUCCCUCACUUUCCUUUCACAUUCUUAGUAUGCUAAUUCUUCACUGCAAUGAAACCGUCACAUUAAAGUUAACAACAACUAGCUAACAGUACACUAUUGUUACUUCCUGGUUUGUGCUUGGUAAAAACACUAUAAUUGAAUGCGGAUAGUACACAGUGGCCUGAUUUUGAUCCUAAGAGCUGCUUUUGCAAUAUAUUUAUACUGGGGAAAAAACAAAUUUUACUGUGUUACUAUGAAAAAAUUGGAUACAGCCCCUUUAAAUUUAGCUUUUGAGUCUGAAGAUGAUAAUAAAACAGAAACCUGAUUUUUACUUAAUACACUGGUCACUCGUUUAUCACGGAAGUUACUUCAAAAAAUAACCCAUAAUAGGCAAAAAUCCACAAAGUAGUCAAUUACAAUUAUUAUACAAUCCCAGUUCCAACAAAGUUGAGACGCUAUGUAAAACAAAACAAAAAAUACAGAAUACAAUUAUUUAUAAAUCCUUUUCAAUCUAUAUUGAACUGAAUAAACUACAAAGACAUGAUAUUUAAUGUUCAAACUGAUAAACUAUUGUUUUUAUACAAAUAUUCACUCAUUUUCAAUUUUAUGUCUGUAACAUGUUCCAAUAAAGCUGGGACAGGGGCAUGUUUACCACUGUGUUACAUCACCUUUCUUUUUUAACAACAAUCAAUAAGCGUUUGGGAACUGAGGACACUAAUUGCUGAAGCUUUGCAGGAGGAAUCCUUUCCCAUUGUUGCUGAAUUUACAACUUCAGUUCCUCAGCAGUCCGGGGUGUCCGUUGUCAUAUUUUGCGCUUCAUAAUGUGCCACACAUUUUCAGUGGGAGACAGGUCUGGAUUGCAGGCAGGCCAGUCGAGUAAUACACUUUUACUGCAAAGCCUGUUGUAACACGUGCAUAAUGUAGCUUGGCAUUGUCUUGCUGAAAUAAGCAGGGACGUCCCUGAAAAAGAUGUUGCUUGGCAUAUAUGGCAGCACUCUCAAAGUUCAAACCUUCGUAGAUAAAAAAAAAAAAAGCACAGUAUUAUAAAAUGAAACCAAAGAUCAAGACCUGUUUUCGGGCCCAAACAUUUGUUUGCGAAAUAAAAAUAUAAAUGUUUUCCUGUACUGUAAAUAAAAAUGAUAGUUUUUAGAAAUACGGCCUGUGCAGAACGAUUCAUUGACAUUACGUUUUUUGGGGGGAGAAAACUUGCAGACAUGCAGCACUUCAGAGUCGCAUUGCUAGCAGUCAAACAUUUAUGUAAAUUUGGCAAGCUGAACGCAUUCUGUACUCUACAGGAGACACGACACGGAGGAGAUUGGCUAAGGCACUGUAGACCAUUUUCAACCAAUCAGGAUCCAGACAAUGCGUGUUCAUACGCUGUGAGGAAAAAAAAGUAUGCAAAACUGCACUAAAUAAAAUUUGCGAAACAGUGAAGUCGCGAAAGGU